GUGUGUUCACUGCUGUGUGUGUACACUUUGGAUGGGUUAAACGCAGAGAACGAAUUCUGAGUAUGGGUCACCAAACUUAGCUGUAUGUCACAUCACUUUCAAUAUUAAUGCUAUUCUUGCAUUGACAGUCAUAAUCAUUACAUUGAGGUUUAAUGCCAUGUUUAAGGUACUGAAGCAUCUAAUGAGGUGCUUAUUGUGUUGAACCAUGUUUGAAUGCCAUCUGACGCAAAGGCCAUGUGAAUUAACUGACCAGAUAAUUGGUCCCACAUUCAGGGCCAAAGAAUAAAAGAGAGCAUCAUGUGUUGAUUGGAGACAGAAAGAUAGCCUCAGUUGUAGUGAAAAAAUAUGAAAAAAAAAAAAAGGAAAUGUUUUUUUUUUCUGCAUGUGAUGCAUGACAACGACAAUGGUGGUAGCAUUUUCUCUCUUUGCUGAGAGACUUAUAACCAUUACUAGAAAAAGAAAAAAAAUCUUUUAGUUUUAAGUUUCAUGGUCUUAAAAAUCAUAGCGGUCUCAUACCUGGGAAUUAUACUCUUACCAUUGCAAUUCCUCAAAUGUUAAAAGAGUAUGUAAGAUCCUGUAUAUACCAUAAAGCUUAUUUACUUGCAGUUCUUCUGAACCCUGAAUAGGAAAAAUACUUUCCCCCUCUUUUUAUAAGGUUUUGUUCACUCAAAAUCAGAGUCUGUGUGUCACCUUAAGUAUUAAAGCUCUUCGUCUGAUUUGUAAUAUAAGAUGUUUACCAGUUAACUAGGCUUAUCACACUGGUCCGAAGUAUGGUUUGCUGCUACAUGUUGAACGGUCAAUUGAAAAGAGAAAAAUAUACAGGCUGCUGUCUCACCUCUUCUAUGCAGGACAAAAAAAAAAAUAAUGUUCUCUUCAGUACUAUGACUGCCCACAAGUAGAGGACAGAGGACAGUCCGUUUCUAUAACAGGUGAUCCGGAGGAACUCAUAAAGUACACACUCACAGCACACUCCUGUUUGAUAAUUACCUGGAUGUUUUGUUUUUUUUUUUAUGUUGGGAACAGACAAACCUAGAAAAUGUACAGAGGUUGUGAAUCUGUCAUUCCUAGCAUUAGAUGGACUGCUUACCCUAAAGUCUAAAAUAAAAAGUGUUGUUUUUGUUUUCACCAAUGACCAGGUCACAUUACUUACACACAGGUCCCUCUGUUGACUCAUAUCCUACUGAUUAACAUUCAUUUUUCAGCCAAUGUGUGCUACAAAGUGAUCCAGGAAACCGGUCGAGUAAUAUAUGUUUAAUUAUACUUUGGCGUACCUUCAUUACAGUGUUUGGAAUAAUAUGCUACUGGUGUCCUGAGAUUAAAUUUCUUUGAUACGCAUGUGCUCUCUGAGAGAGAGCGGGAGGGAGAUAGAUAGAUAGAUCGAGAGAUAGAUCGAGAGAGAGAUAGAUCGAGAGAGAGAGAGAGAGAGAGAGAGAGAGAGAGAGAGAGAGAGAGAGAGAUGUGGGGGGUGGUCUUGACGUCAUUCGUGUUUUUAGCGGUCUACACGGUUUCCACAAACACACUCUUCUCGUGCUGUCUUCAGAUCUGUAUGGCCAGUGCUUUGUCUCAAACAUUCAUGUUCGUGGAAAGCUUUUUUUUCCUUCAAGACCAGAAGCUAUUACAGGAAGUUUUACACGGAGAACAAGCAUCACAGUUUUCCUUAAUGUGAACUAAAAGGUUGGACACUGUAAAGAUGAAUGAGAGCGCAACAGCAAACGAGAGCGUGGCAGGAUUUCCCAUGACCUCGUGGCUGGAAGCCGGAGACUUCAGCGGAAACAACAGCCUUGCGCUCUCCUCAUCCUCUUUGCUUCUCGAUUUUCCCAUAAACCCAUGGGACAUUAUGCUGUGCCUCUCUGGCACUGUGAUUGCAUGUGAGAACGCCAUCGUUGUGGCGAUCAUAUUUUACACGCCGACUCUGCGCACCCCGAUGUUUGUGCUGAUCGGCAGCCUUGCAACAGCCGACCUGCUAGCGGGAGUGGGACUGAUUUUAAACUUUGCGUUCCAGUACUUGAUCUCGUCGGAGACGGUCAGCCUGAUCACGGUCGGUUUCCUAGUAGCCUCGUUCACAGCCUCGAUUAGCAGUCUGCUGGCAAUCACCGUGGACCGCUACUUCUCUCUGUACAACGCGCUCACGUACCUGUCGGAGAGAACGUUGCACUGUGUGCACUUGAUGCUACUGGGCGCGUGGGGAGCGUCCUUGUGUUUCGGCAUGCUGCCCGUGCUUGGCUGGAACUGCGUGCAUGACACGGCCUCCUGCAGCGUCGUGCCCCCACUCACGCGCACCAACGUGGCAAUGCUCGCCGUGGCCUUCUUCACCAUUUUUGUCCUCAUGCUUGGCCUCUACUGCAAGAUCUGCAAGAUUGUUUGCCGCCAUGCGCACCAGAUAGCACUUCAGCGCCACUUUCUCGCGCCGUCGCACUAUGCCGCAACCAAGAAAGGAGUCUCUACGCUCGCCAUCGUCCUUGGCACGUUUGGCGCGAGCUGGCUGCCUUUUGCCAUCUACUGCUUGGUGGGCGAGCGCGAGGACCCACCUGUGUACACGUACGCUACGCUACUACCGGCCACCUACAACUCCAUGAUCAACCCGAUCAUAUACGCAUAUCGCAACACCGAGAUCCAGCGCUCGCUCUACGUGCUUUUCUGCGGCAAUGCGCGCACCGACGUGUCCUAUCGUUCCAGAUCACCGAGCGAGGUCUAGAUGCGGCAGGUUUUUCUCUUCAAACUCACUUCACAUUACGUGCAUCUGCUAAGAUGAAAGUGUCAAAUCAAAGUUAGUCAGUUACACAACUGCACUUUACUUAUGACUCGCGCCAGCCAUGAGACGCUCUUAAUGCUGUGAACAACGGACUUUGGCAACAAAGCAAAAACCUCACGUUAAGAAUGUGUCUGAACUAUUUAAAGUAAAAACAAUCUAACAAAAAACUAAAACAAAAAAACAGCACUUUAUCUGAAGAUAUUAAAUGCCAAAGCAGUAUUGUACAGCCCUGUAAGUUCUGUGAUUUAUGUAAUGGAUUUUUUUUUAAACUUGUAAAAUUGUCUCUGAAUAUAUGGUUUUAUAUGGAAAAGAAAGUGAAUUAAAUAUGUGUUUCUUCAA